GCCAUCGGCCGCCUGGGGAACCAGAUGGGCCAGUACGCCACACUGUAUGCGCUGGCCAAGGCCAACCGGCGGCCCGCCUUCAUCCCCGAGCAGAUGCACCACACGCUGGCGCCCAUCUUCAAGAUCACGCUCCCGGUCCUGCACGGGAGCACGGCCGCCAAGGUGCCCUGGCGCAGCUACCACCUCAACGACUGGAUGGAGGAGCAGUACCGCCACAUCGCGGGCCAGUACGUGCGCCUCACGGGCUACCCCUGCUCCUGGACCUUCUACCACCACCUGCGCCCCGAGAUCCUGCGCGAGUUCACGCUGCACGACCACGUGCGCGAGGAGGCCCAGGCCUUCCUGCGCGGUGUGCGGGUGAGCGGGCGCCGGCCGGGCACCUUCGUGGGCGUCCACGUGCGCAGGGGGGACUACGUCCGCGUCAUGCCGCAGGUGUGGAAGGGCGUGGUGGCCGACCGCGGGUACCUGCAGCAGGCCCUGGACUGGUUCCGGGCUCGCCACGACAACCCGGUCUUCGUGGUCACCAGCAACGGCAUGGCCUGGUGUCGCGAGAAUAUCGAUGCCUCCCACGGGGACGUGGUGUUCGCCGGUGACGGCGUGGAGGCCUCGCCGGCCAAGGACUUUGCCCUGCUCUCCCAGUGCAAC